AUGGGUGAAGUAUUGGAGGGCAAAACUGCCAUUGAUCGGAACGCACCUGUGCAUCCAGCAGAAGAUGGCAGCACGGACACGGAAUCUUCGUCUGAGUCGGCUCAAAAGAGGACCAUUGGUCAGCGAGUGAAAGACAUAAUUUGGGACUCUUUCGACUAUCCGCCAGCAGAAAGACGAUUUAUAUCAAAAAUUGAUUUUUUCAUUUUGACAUGGGCUGGAUUUUCGUACUUCUCAAAGAACCUGAAUUCAAACAAUGUUUCAAAUGCCUAUGUUUCGGGGAUGAAGCAAGAGCUGCAUGUAGUUGGGAAUGAGUACCAGACUUUUACGACGAUGUGGACAAUUGGUUAUGUUAUUAGUCAAAUCCCGUCACAGGUGAUUUGCACGCGAGUUCGUCUGUCACUGUGGUGCCCUUCUUGGGAAUUAUUCUGGGUCGUCGUUACAUUCGCUUCGGCAUCAGUUAAAACACCCCAACAAUUAUACGCCUGUCGAUUUCUUGUUGGUCUUGCUGAAGGCACAUUUUAUCCAGCAGUCCACACGGUGCUCGGCGGAUGGUACACGAAAAGAGAGUUGGGUAAGCGAGCAUGUAUUUUCUUCGGAUCGGCUUUUGUUGGUUCUAUGUUCAGCGGCUAUUUGCAAGCUGCACUAUAUAAAGGAAUGAACGGGGUUGGUGGCCUAUCCGGUUGGAGAUGGUUGUUCAUUUUUGAUGGAAUAAUUACCUUUCCCAUGGCCAUAUGGGGAUAUUUUGCUUUACCAGACUUACCUAGCAACACACGGGUGCCAUGGUUAAAGCCUCACGAAAAGCAAUUAGCACUUGAUCGUAUGAAGAAAGCCGGAAAACAGCUUGAAGAACCGAUUACUUGGGUUGGAGCCAAGCGUGUCUUGAGCAGGUGGCAUUUUUGGGUUUAUACGACGUAUUACACAUUUUUCAUUUGUAGUGAGAAUAUUGGAUCAUACAUGAAUUUGUGGCUGACUAGCCUGAACAGAUAUCCAGUAACGGACAUCAACACUUAUCCGACGGUGAUCAACGCAAUUACUAUUUUUACGACCCUCAUAUAUGGCUGGACAAGCGACGCCAUCAAACUCCGUAGUCCUAUCGUCUAUUUUUCUUUAACAGUCUGUUUCUUUGCUGCAAUGAAUCUGGCAAUCUGGGAUGGAGUUCCAUUUGGUCUCAAAUGGGCAUCCUACUACUUGACGGGGUUUGCGCAAGGUUCAGGUCCAGUAUUCCUAACUAUGGUCAAUGAGGUCUGUGCCGGAGAUAGUCUUGAAAGAAAAAUAAUUCUCGGUUCGACAAAUUCGAUUGCGCAAUCAUCAACAGUAGCUAACCGUAAUAGUUACGCGUUCAACGCGUGGAUUCCAUUAUUGUCAUAUAAUACAACCUACGCUCCUCGGUUCCUUGUCGGAAACUCUAUUACUGUUGGAUUGAUCGUCUGUGCGGCCUUGACUUUGACGCUUGCGCUGUAUUUGCAACGUCGGGACGAGUAUGUUGAUUAUCCUAAUGUGUACCCCUUUUAG